UUGAUCUGCGUUUCAACGAUCUCCCCCGACAGAGCACCCCGAUCAGGUCUCCGAAGUCAUAUUAGAAGCUCUUGCCAGGUAAACUCACGUCUCUAUAUCAUGUUUCCAAUUCUCCUUUUUCUCCCUUAGACACCAUCAUCAUCAUCUAAUAACGUCGCAACCUUCUACUUUCCAUAUAAAACUACGAGCAACAUUGAGAUGGGCAAUUGAUCUUUCCUUCCAUACAUAUUUCAACCGACCCCAAAAUAACCAAGGCGGCGAUUUCCAUAUUUUUUAUGACAUUCGCCCGGUCGUUCCUCAGAAUUACUUUUUAGGAAGGAUUGUCAGCUCCGCCCUCCAAUUCCGGCUCCGGUUCCGUAAGCCGGCAUUGUAGACCCAUCAUGGGCAAAUUCAAGCUUUCGUCCAAGCAGAAGCUUAUUGCUAUAAUAUGUAUUUCAUUCUCGUUUUUCGUUGCCGAGUUGGUUGUGGCAUUCUUCACCAAAUCUCUCGCUCUGUUAGCAGAUGCUUUCCACUACAUGAAUGAUUUGAUCGCCUAUUGUGUGGCCCUAGCUGCAAUUAUUAUUUCCGAUUCCAAAACACCCCCUGACAACUUUUCGUUUGGCUGGGCGCGUGCGCAGCUGCUGGGUGCUUUCUUCAAUGGCGUCUUUCUUCUCGCCCUCGGCAUAUCCAUCUUUCUCCAAUCAAUCGAGAGAUUCAUCUCUAUCGAACGUGUCGAUAACCCCGUACUAGUUCUCAUCAUGGGAUGUGUUGGGUUUACGUUGAAUCUCCUCAGCGCGACCUUAUUACACGAACUUCAUGACCAUGAUCAUGGUCAUGGACACGGUCAUGGGCACAGCCAUAGCCACUCAGAUUCAGACGAACAUGAACAUGCUGAGAAUCAUGGACAUGGACAUGAUCAUCAUCACGGCCACGUUAAUGUCGAGGCUGGAAGACAGGUGAAUGGCAGCUUUGUCGAAGAUCAUGACGAAAUUCCCCUAACCCCUAUCAGCGCCCAUGCUGAGCACCGACACACGAUUGUGAAUCUGCAGUCAUCGGGUCAUGACCUUGGUAUGAUGGGUGUAUUACUUCAUGUUAUCGGCGAUGCAUGCAACAAUGUCGGAGUUAUCAUCGCCGCCUUGAUUAUCUGGCUUACAUCUUCCGAGGCUCGAUUUUACGCCGACCCGGGCAUCAGUAUGGGCAUUGCUAUCAUGAUCUUAGUAACAUCGAUUCCCCUCGUCAAGAAUAGCGGCAAGAUCCUCAUGCAGAGCUCCCCGAAGGAUGUUCCUUUAGAUGAUGUCAAGCAUGACCUUGAGAAGAUCCCUGGCAUUGAGUCGGUCCACGAAUUACACAUCUGGCGCCUCGAUCAGAAGAAGUCCAUCGCAACAGCCCACAUAGUAGUGUCAAAUACUGAGAUGAGCGACUUCAUGGAUCGUGCACGUACUGUUGGCGAGUGUCUACAUGCCUGGGGCAUUCAUUCGGCAACUCUUCAGCCUGAGCUUGCAACGCCGACAACUGCAUCAUCCGUAAUCGCCGCCGAUAACAGCAACGACAACGAGGAGCGUAUCAGUACGGAUAACACUGCAACGAGCCCUGUAGUCGAAACUGGUGGGAUUGUGUCAUCCUCAGGUGCGUCGAUUAGAAGACGACGUAUCGAGAUGGCAGCCCCUUGUCAAAUCGCCUGUGGAAAUCUGUGCGAGGGUUUGACAUGCUGUAAUAAAACUACUAUGCGUAUCUAGCUGCAGGUCACGGAAAGGACCAUUAUUAUGUUUCGGGUUCAUGGGAGUCAUGGGAUGGGUUGCUAGUAUGUUAGGAAUCAAAGACUUGGCAACAUUCAUGGCUUAGGAACAGGGAUUCGAUAUUAACUUAUGAAUCAAUAAAUGAGCU